GGGCAUCAUCAACGUGGCCUCGUCCACCAACCUGCUGACGGACUCCAAGAACGUGCAGCUGGUGCUGGACCCCAGCCUGCAGCUGCUGAGCCGCAAGCAGCGCAAGCUGAUCCGCCAGAACCCCGGCAUCCUGCACAGCGUCAGCUCCGGCCUCCAGACCGCCAUCAAGGAGUGCAAGUACCAGUUCCGCAACCGCCGCUGGAACUGCCCCACCUCCCAGGGCCCCAACAUCUUCGGCAAAAUCGUCAACCGGG